AGCAUUCAUCAUUCAUCGAUGGAGGAAAUUAGCAGCGACUCCAUGUCAUCUCUCGCAAGUAAGAUCUGUAACCAAAUCAACUCCGUCUUCAGCAAAUCAACAAACUCAUCUCCAUUAUCCGUCACCGUAGACGAGAUAUCUUCAGCAGCAGCCCGUGGUGGAAAAAUGUUUGUCUAUGGUGUAGGCCGAGAGGGUCUGAUGAUGAAAGCCUUAUGCAUGAGGCUAGCACACUUGGGCUUAUCAGCACACUGUGUUGGCGACAUGACAACGCCUCCUAUCUCAUCCUCGGACCUCCUCAUCGCAUCGGCUGGACCAGGUGGGUUCUCAACCGUUGAUGCAAUCUGUGGUGUAGCAAAAUCCAAGGGUGCGCGUGUGCUUGUUCUUACUGCCCAACCGGAGACUGGAUCGAGUGUGAAGUAUGCGAGUGCAGUGGCAUAUGUAGCGGCUCAAACGAUGGCGGAUGAUGAGGGUGAUGAGUUGGAUGGUAAAGCAAAGGGGAAACGAGUGAUAUUGCUGCCAAUGGGGAGUGUAUAUGAAGGAGCAUUGUUUGUGUUAUUUGAAAUGGUCAUUUUCAAAUUGGCUGAAGUUUUGGGUCAGGAUUCUGAUGAAAUUCGAUCUCGACACACAAAUUUGGAGUAGGAUUUGUGUAUAAGUUACUGAUGAGAUUUGUCUAUUACUUUAUAGUUAGCAAAUCAUAUAUAAGGAAUGAACUAAUGAUUACCAUGUUUCAACAAUAAAUGUUAAACUUAUAAGCUUUAAUCUUGAUAUUAGGCUGGUGCCAUCAAGGGCGUUGUGCCUCAUGUUUUCUUCCUUGUUAA